CACAGUUUAGCUAGAGAAUAAGAAACGGGCAGUGAAAUACCCGACAGAUGGAGGCUAAGAUUGGAUAAAUAUGCCCACUCUCAAGUCUACUCUUUAGUCUACUUUCCAUCUACCAAACUGCUGAGUACUACAAACCCAUCCAAAAGAUGUAUCCGACCCCCAUCCUUGCCCGAGCCCUCCAGCCUGGCGAUACCAUAGCCUUCAUCUCCCCUUCCGCCCGACCGAACGAAACCCUCUCCGCUGCCGUAGACCGCGCUAAAUCCUUCCUUGAGUCGCACAACUUCCACAUCAAAAUCUUCUGGGCCCCUAACACCCCUUCCCUCACAAUCAUUCAAUCUAUCACGCAUCGCAUCACGGAGCUCCGCUCGGCCUUCCUCGACGCAGAAGUAUCCUCCAUAAUCUGCACCAUCGGCGGCCCCACCGCCACUGAGCUCAUCCCCACGCUCCUCCGUGACGCUGAGCUUAUCCAAGCUAUCAAGGAUAGCCCCAAGAUCUUUGUCGGGUAUAGCGAUAUAAGCACCCUGCACUGGUUCCUCGCCGCCAAGGCCGGGCUGCGCUCCUUCUACGGCCCUACUGCCAUUGCAGAGCUUGGUGUUGCGCCGGAACCAUUGGGGUUCACGGUGGAGAAUCUAUUCCGCGCUAUCACUCAAGCCGGCACCGAACCGCUUGGUCCUCUCCCGCAGUCAGAGAGAUACGCGCCUAGGCUGCCUGGAUACUUCUUCGAUUUCACCUCCACCGCUGUGCAGACUCUAGCCCCAACCCCCCAACGGAAGUGGCUCCGUCACGGCACAGCAACCGGCCCGCUCUUUGGCGGCUGUCUGUCUGUCGUUGUGCGCCUGCAGGGCCUGAAAGAGAUCACUCCCGACUGGAAGAGGAAAAUCAUGUUCGUCGAGACGGCCAUGGCGGAAAUGUCGAUCGACGAGGGUUAUAUACUGCAAAAGGUGAGGCAGGCGAUGGCGGAUCUCGCGGCGGCGGGGGUGUUUGAGGAGAUUGUGGGGCUAUUAUUUGGGAGGUUCUUUGGAUAUGAUACUAAGGAGCAGAUGGAGGAGCUAGAGAGUGUUAUCGGGGAGGCUUUGGCGAUUGGGGAGGAGAAGGGAAGCAAGUGCGGGAAGGGGAGGGAGUUUCCUGUGUUGAUGCAUGCGGAUUUUGGGCAUACAAGUCCCAUGGUCACUUUGCCUAUGGGGGCGCGCUGGCGAGGCUUCAUUCUGGGAGGGAUGAGUUUGCUAUUCUUGAGGCCGGUGUGGUCUAAUAAGGUGGGCUAAGGAGAGACCUCGGGCGAAGAUCGUGGUUGGGCCAUGGUUCAGUCAGUAGUGACAAGGUACGAACUGUCAUGUGCAAUGCUACAAUUUCUGAUUGUUUGAGCGAAGUCAAUAGCACACCUGGCUUGCAUUCAGCUUCGUAAAGCACCUGGUAUAUGAUGCAUUAGCUAAGAGCAAUGCCAUUGCCGUAGGGAGCCUGAUGUACUCGGAUUCUUGUUUGCCCAACCUCAUGGCAGUACAACACGAAGUAUUGGGGACUGUUGGAUUUGCAGACUAUUCAGCUGCGAGGUGGAGGUUUAAACGGGUAUCCGUAGUGGAAUUAUUGUCUCUACAUGCGCGCCUGGGCAGUGUCAAGCAUGUCGAGAUACUAGGGGACCGUUAGUAAACAUGACUACAGCUUGUCACAGCCCACAUUGUACCUAGAAG